AUGAUGAUGAUGAAUGGUCCGUCAGCUCGAGCAGGCACCGGGGUCUCGCCACCAUUAUGUUUACUGCUGUGCGCUCUCGUCGUUCUACUACCAUGCGCUCACUCGCACCCGCAGCCGUGCCAGGUGCUGAAACGGAUUGGCCACACGGUUCGGGUCGGGGCUCUGCAUGUUCAGCCUCGUCUGCUUUCGGCCACUGCCGGUAGCGGUUCUGAGGACUGGGACCCCGAGGAAGGUCUGACAGAGAGCGGGGAGCGACGGCUGGAGUUGGAAAAGCAGGUUAAAACAAGUGCCAGUGCGCCUGGGUAUGCAAGCCUCAGGACUAGAGGCACCGCCAAUAGCCAGCGGGGCGCGAGCAGGAGUAAAAGCCAGGCACGGCAGCGGGAGGAGAACACCUCCAGGGAGAACCGCGUGUUGGCACCCCGAGACUCGGUCCUGCUCGCGGUCGAGGCUAUGAACCGGGCCGGAUUGCUGCCCUACAAUUUAUCCCUGGAGAUCGUCAUGGCCGUUGGGUCCGGACUCGGUGAGCUGCCCGCCUUCUCCUUCGCUUCCGCGGGCAGCCCCGAGACCGAGGACCCACUGUCCUUCGUGGAGAGCGUGUGUCACACUGUGGUCGUGCAGGGGGUUUCCGCCAUGAUCUCCUUUCCACGGAACAGGGACGAGUUUGUCAAGUUGGAGUUCCUCUCCCUUGCGCUUCAUGUGCCAGUCGUCAGCGUUGUGCAGAGGGAGUUCAAGCGCCACAGCGAGAAUCCUCUCCACUUCCAAAUGGCGAUGCGUAGCGUGGAUGCUCCACCAUCCCGUCUCCUCUACACCCUGCUGAUGAUGAAUGGCUGGUGGGACAUUAGUGUUCUGCUCUGCCAGGAAUGGGACGUUAGUGACUUUCUUUCCCUCAUCAAGAACAACACCCGUUUCCACCUGGGCACUCUUGUCAACCUGACAACUACCGGCUCAGCCUCGUCACUGUCUUCAUCUUCAUCAUCAUCCUCAGGAGUGGUAUCAGGUGUUGCAACGGGAGCAGAGGCAUUGUCAUCAUCGCCUUCUUUACCCUAUUUUUCAUCUUCUGCCUUAUCUUCUGACUCUUCACCUGCUUCAUCCUCUAAAACAGACCAGCAGCAAGCUCUCAUGCGGCAAUUGGAGGCCCUGAGAGAACCUUCAUCCACAAUUGGAGUGGUGACAUUUGGGUGCGAGAUCCGCGAGGUGCGUCGUCUCUGGACGCUGGCCACUCGGAUGAUGCUCCCAGAAUUUCACUGGGUCUUGGGGGACAGCCAGAAUGUGGCCGAGCUGAGAACAGAGGGGUUGCCCAUGGGGCUACUGGCCCACGGGGUCAUGGGAUCUCCUUCUCUGGAUCAUUACGUCCAUGACUCAUUAGAGUUGGUGGCUCGGGCAGUGGGCAGUGCAGCCCAAGAGAAUCCCGCCCUGGCACUCAUACCUGGGACUACCAACUGUAUGGAUAUACAGCAGAACAACGGCAGCUCAGGGAAAUACUUGGCAAGAUUUCUAUCCAACACAUCCUUUGAGGGCCAGAGCGGUUAUAUAUCCAGAGACAGUCAUAGUCAGAAUGUCAUCUCAGAAGCUCACCACUACAUCUGGUCCCUCCAGCUGGACCCCCUAGGCCAGCCAACCUGGACCCGUCUGGGACGCUGGCGCAGAGGGAAAGUUCUGAUGGACCAGAGGACCUGGCCAAGCCAUCAGGGCUCCGGAGUGGGAGGCGACUGGCGCAGAUCCACGCGGCUGCACGUGCGGGUGGUGACACUGGUGGAGCACCCAUUUGUAUUUACCCGUGAGGUGGAUGGGGAUGGGUUGUGUCCUGCAGGCCAGUUAUGCCUCGACCCGCUCACCAAUGAAUCGUCGGUUUUGCAGGGACUUUUCCAAAACCUUGGAGCACCCAAUGGAUCUGUUCCCACAGACCUGAAGAAAUGUUGUUAUGGUUACUGCAUUGACCUGCUGGAGAAGCUAGCAGAGGACAUGGGAUUCACUUUUGACUUGUAUAUUGUUGGCGACGGGAAGUAUGGGGGAUUCAAGAAUGGGCGAUGGACGGGAUUAGUGGGUGAUCUGCUCAGUGGCGCAGCCCAUUUGGCAGUGACAUCUUUUAGCAUUAAUUCAGCGAGAAGCCAAGUCAUUGAUUUCACCUCGCCCUUCUUCUCCACCAGCUUGGGAAUUCUGGUUCGUACUCGUGACACAGCUGCACCCAUCGGGGCCUUCAUGUGGCCUCUCCACUGGUCCAUGUGGCUUGGCAUCUUCGUCUCCCUCCAUGUCACCGCUGUCUUCCUCACCUUGUACGAGUGGCACAGCCCAUUUGGUAUGACGCCACGCGGACGAAACCGUGACCGGGUGUUCUCCUUCUCCUCAGCGCUCAAUGUGUGCUAUGCUAUUCUCUUUGGGAGAACAGUGGCCAUCAAGCCCCCAAAGUGCUGGACAGGUCGCCUGCUGAUGAAUCUCUGGGCUAUCUUCUGUCUGUUCUGUUUGUCAACCUACACUGCUAAUCUGGCUGCUGUUAUGGUCGGGGAGAAGACCUAUGAACAACUGUCAGGGAUUCAUGACCCAAAGUUGCACCAUCCCUCUCAGGGAUUUCGAUUUGCCACAGUGAGAGAAAGUAGCGCAGAGGACUAUCUCAAGAAGAGUUUCCCUGAGAUGCACGAGUACAUGAGAAGAUACAAUGUCCCGGCAACACCAGAUGGCAUAGAUCAACUCAAGGCUGACCCUCAGAAACUGGAUGCAUUCAUCAUGGACAAAGCUCUGCUGGACUAUGAGGUUUCCAUAGAUGCAGAAUGUAAAACGCUAACAGUUGGAAAGCCAUUUGCUAUAGAAGGCUAUGGGAUUGGGCUCCCUCAGAACUCUCCGCUCACUUCCAACAUCUCAGAGCUUGUUAGUCAGUACAAGUCAGAUGGCUUCAUGGACACGCUGCAUGACAAAUGGUACAAGGUUGUGCCCUGCGGCAAGCGCAGCUUCGCUGUGACUGAGACGCUGCAGAUGGGUAUAAAGCAUUUCUCUGGUCUGUUUGUGAUGCUGUGUGUGGGCGUGGCUUUAUCUCUACUGACCACAAUAGCUGAACACAUUGUGUACAAGCUGGUGAUCCCGAGGGUCAAGGAGCCACGCUUCAAAUACUGGCUGCACACUAGUCAGAGAUUACACCGGGCGCUCAACUCAGUCUUCACCGAUGACAAACUACCAACUGUUACCAAGCCUGAGAAGAGAUGCAAUGAGGGAAGCAACCAAUCAGCAUCCUGGAAUCCUGCAGAGUCCUCCCACUGUAACAGGCGUAGAGUCCUUCCACAAGAGAUGCAGAAUGACCUGGAGCGUCCAUCCUCACAGGAUCUUCCUCCUCCACCACCCCCUUCUCCCCUGCCUCAUCUGCAUUCUCUUCCCUUACUGGAGAAACACCUACCCAUAGUGACCAACACGAACGGUCGCUCUGACCUGUUAGGGCGUGGGAUGGGCCAAGGACUGGGGCCAGGACAGGGGAGCUCUGCGCAGAGCAUAUCACAGGGACAGUGCCGGGGUUUGGGUGUGGGCGACUGUGGCCCCGGGCUGGGUGUGGGCCGGAACCCACUGGUUCAGGAGCUGUCAGAACUGGAGGGUCAAAUCCUUGUAAUCAAGCAGCAGCUGCAGUCAGCCAUGAGGAGGAAGAGAGAGCUUGAACAGUACCAAUCAGAAAACCAGCAAGCAAACCAGACUGCACCCAGCCAACCAACUACACACCAGUCUAACCAGUUUCCUCAGUUUACCCAGUCCCACCAGCAGACUAACCAACACACAAACACGCUCCCAGAGUUCUAA